AUGGCUCACGGCAAGGAGCGCGACGAGGCCGCCCCCUCCUCCCCCAGCACUACGCUGUCUGUGAGAUGGGUACUAGGAUUCCCUAAACAGAAAGUCCAGUUUAUGAAUGACAAAACCAUUUGCUAUCCUUGUGGAAACUUCAUAGUGUUUAUUAAUAUUGAGACCAAGAAAAGGAGUAUUCUUCAGUGUAUGAAUGGAAUUGUGGGGGUCAUGGCAACGAACAUUCCUCAUCAAGUUGUGGCUUUUUCUGACCGGAAACUCAAACCUCUCAUCUACAUAUACAACUUUCCAGAAUUGACCAGAAAGAUGAAAUUGAAAGGCAACGUUCUUCUGGACUACACAAUACUUUCAUUCAGUUACUGUGGCACCUAUCUGGCAAGUUAUUCCUCUCUCCCAGAAUUUGAACUGGCCAUUUGGGACUGGAAAAUGAAUGUCAUUCUGUGCAAGAAGACACAGCCUGGCACAGAUGUGAACCAGAUGACAUUCAACCCCAUGAACUGGCGCCAGCUAUGCUUGUCAAGCACCAGUGCAGUGACUCUCUGGACCAUUGAACGCUGUAACCAGGUUCAUCAUUUGAAAUCGAAAACAAUAAAACUGCCUUUGGAAGAUGGGACCUUUGACAAUGAGACAGACAAUGUUUUCCCCCAGUCGCUGCCCAAGGACCUGAUCUAUGGUCCGGUGCUCCCACUGUCAGCCAUUGCUGGGCUCGUGGACAAAGAGGCAGAAACAUUCAAGCCUAAAGACGAUUUGUUUUCUUUAAUUCAUCCUACUGUGCAUUGCUGGACUCCAUCAAGCGACCUAUAUAUUGGCUCUGAAGAGGGUCUUAUUUUAGUGUUUAAUGGAGAAAGCUCACAAGUGACUAUCCUCAAUAUGAUAGAAGAUUCUUUUCCAAAUCUAGAUAAAACUCUGAUGGCUCCAAUGACUAUGGUAUAUCAGAAGGGAGGAAUGCUUGCUUCUGGACUUGAUGGCUUAAUAUAUUCUUGUACUAUUAAAGAUUUUAAUUGUACUGUCAAAGAUUUUUUUGAGGUUGAAGAAUCUUUGCAAUAUAUGACAUUUUCUCCUAAUUACAAAAUGCUGUUGUUACAGACAAGUAAGGGAUGUGUAUAUAUUUGCACUUUGACUGAAGAGCCAGUCCUUGAUAAAAUCCUAGAAUCUUGUGAAGAUAAAUUUCACUCAGUCGACUUUAUCAUACCUGGACAUGAAUUCUUGACCCUCUCACCUAUGGGGGAAGUUUCCGUUUGGAAUAUAGAAGAUGCUUCAAAUGUCAGCAGGAUUUUUCUAAACACCCCAACAAGUGUCCUGGCGUGCUCACCCUCAUCUCUCUCAGCAGUUGUAGGGACAGUAACUGGCUUUGUCCAGUUCCUUGACCUCCGUAAUACCAGCUCCCUUCGUAUCAUUCACAAGAUAUUUCUCUCCAGAGCGCCUGUGGACCACCUCCUGUAUGAUCAACAAGGAAUGUACCUAUUUGCUGGAACAUCAGAAGGCUAUGUCUUUGUUAUUGAUGCUCAUCCUUCCAGCCUCUUUAAGAUUCUUGGAUUUGUAGAGGUGGCCACAAACAUUUUGCAAAUAUCCACAGUGUCUCUUCUGGAAACAGACAUAGUGGAAGUGAUGGUGAUGUCCGUGCUUCCAAACAAAAGAACCAGAUUGGAAACAUUUGUUUUGCCCAGAAUGUUACCACAAGUUACUAUGGGCUUUGUUGAUGAAAGAGGGAGGAUGAGAAAUGAAUUAAUUCAUACAUUCCUGUAUGAGAUCGAGCACACCCUGUCCUCGGCAGUGCUGGACUACAAAAGUCACCGAGUCUAUGGCUUCUGCUCAGACGUGCCGUACAUCUGCAGCUAUGAGCUCCCAGAAAAUGAGCAUGUUGGUAUUCUCAUUCUGAAGCCAUCCCAAAAACUGCCAAGCCGGCAUUAUGGAUCUGGAACACUCUCUCUGUCUCCACAUGGACUGUGGCUCCUCUCAACAGCUAAAUGUGGGGUUCUGUCUAUCCGAGAUAUUCAGAAUUUGGAAACCUUUGCUCGGUUUCGGAGUCAUUCUCACCAGAGCCGUGGGAUCCAGUCAGUGAAAAUUUCCGUAGACGGACACACCAUUCUGGUGAAUGGAAAGAAUGAUGGCACUCUAGUUAACAUAAAAUGGAGGCGCCUAGGAGGAAGCUUAGCGAGUGAAGCUCUGGACUAUGGCAGAAAUCUUUUAAAUUCUCUGAAGAUGAAAAUGGAAAAAGAGAAUCUUUGUUUAGAUAUGUCACCAGGAGAGAAUGUCAAUCCCCUUGAAGAAGUGAGUUUCAAUAUUUCUCUUUGCACGGACUCAUCGCAAGAGGAGGAACCACGCCAGUUUGAAAACAUGGAGGAAAUUCCCUGGUUAGAAAAAAAAACUCAGAAGGCCAUCCAGAAGGAGGUGAGACUCUUUUCUAGUACAAGAAAAGAGAUUAAAAAAGGAAUCAAAGCUUUGACUAAAACCAUUCAGGAAAUGAUGGAAGAGAAUGAUACACUAGAAAGUAUUUCAAAAUUAGAGCAACAGGAGUUUGCCUUGGAUCUUGAGGAACUAGAGAAUCUUCACCAUCAAAGUGAGGAAGAAGUGUCAAAGAUACGAAACAAUGUAGAAAUGAAUAACCUCACCAAGAAAUAUUUGGCUGAACUUAUCAAAGAGGAGUGCUGGAAUUCCAUGGCUGUGAAAGGCCGCUCUCUCAAGUGCUUUCAUAUCCCCUGUGUGGUUGAGAAUUUUCCAAUGAAAGCACGCACACAGGAAGAACUGGCAGAAUUAAACAGAGUUAUAAAUCAAAAGAAGGUUGAAAACGAAUGUCUUAAGGUCCGGGAGGAAACUAUAGAAAUCCAGAGUACAGUUGCCAUGGUAAAAAAGUUUCAUGAGGAGGAUGAAGAAGAGGAAGAAGAAAAAGUUAAAAUAAGAGAUAUUAACUUGCCCAAUUAUCUACUUGGCAGUCUGUGUACUGAUUUUGGGAUAGACAUCUCUUUGUUGUCAAGCCAAAUGGAACUUCAUGCCAAAGAGGAAAAAAUCAAUCAAAUAAUCUUACUGAAAGAUAUUAUUUACCAGGUAAAAACUGCUUUCAACAAAGAGUUUGAUGCUGCGUAUAAACAAAAGGAGUUUGAAAUUGCACGUGUGAAGGAAAAAAAUAUACGGAUUCAAGAAAUCAUUCUUGAUCUGGAACUGGACGAAUCAGUCUGGACACCCAGGUUUGAUGACACUGAGAAGCCAGAGAGAACACUUGUUGUGGAUGUUAGUGAGAUCACAGCGCACAAGCACAUAUCCCCAUGGCACCGAGCCAAAGCAGAUACGUCUACAGUCCAGGAAGCGGAGAACCUGCUUAUGAAUUCGGUCGUGGAGUCCAGACGCCGAGCGCUCAUGGACAUGAUGGGAGGUGUCCUGGAGAUGAAGAAGGAGGACAUUCUGAAAAUGGUGAUUCCUCAACCUGAUUUCAUGUUGAAACCUGAGGUCUUAUGGUCUGAAGAAGAAAGGAAGCAAUACAAAGACUAUGAGAAAAAAGUCAAGGAGUUAAAUGAAGAAAGAGAUAAAUACAAAAAGUCUCUAGAUGCAGAGCUGAGAAAACUUCAGAACGCUAUUCAAGAAAGCACACAGCAUUUUGAUGAACUCUUGAAAAGACUCUUUGACAGGAGAGUGAAGGCAGAAAUGGUUGUGAACCAGGAGGAAUUGAAAAUAAAUAACCUGCUUUUUUCCUUACUGUUGGAUGAAGAACUAUGCUCCAGAGAAGAAUACCUAAAUAACUAUCUUUCAAGGAAACAGGAGGAGAAAAGCCAGACUUCAGAGGCCAUCCUGAAAGCUAAAGAAAACCUCGAAAUGUACAAGGAGCAAUAUGACAACUUAGUGGCAGAGGACAAAGUUCUGGAACGUAGCUUUAAAAAGGAAUUUUCUGAAAUUUCUGGUCAUCAUGUGGAAAUGCUCCUCAAACUUUUUAAACGAAGACCAAGGGUUCACAAAUUGAAACCACAUCUAGAAGUAAUUACUAAUAACCCUUUUGGAGAUCGACCAGGAUCUGGGAAAUUGGCUCAGGAAAGCUUUGCCCUGUUAAUGAAAGCCAUGGAUGAUUUGGACAAUUUUAAUAAUAUGCCAGAAGGCUUGGACUUCGAAGUAUGGUCGCAUUUUUGCAUGGUUCGACGAACAAAAGUGGAAAAUGAACAGAAAGUAAAGCAGAAAGCAGCUGGCUUAGUGGAAAUGACAGCUUUCCUCCGGAAGAGAACUGAAGAAGAUGAGAAAGUGCAACAGGACAUUGAGAAAGUGUACCAUGAACUCAUCCUAUUACAAGAAGAAAAAGUGAAAUACCAGUUGAAUUUGACGAUACAAAUUCUCCUUAAGCAAGGACAAAUAGAACUGGAGAAUUUCCAGUUUCUUAUGGAGUAUUCUGAUGCAAUUCUCAUCAACAAGAACAUAAUUGAAGAGUUGAAUUCAGUGAUUCGGACACAAGGACAGAAGAAAGUUGCUAGCAUGAUGGAAAGUAAAGACUUUCACAAAGGAAUAUUUCAGAUUGAGUGGGAACAUAAGAAAAUGGAGAUGGAAAUGGAAGAUCUAAAUCAGAAGGCUUGGGAUAUUCAGAUGCUAUUUUUUUCAAGAGACCGUCAAAAGUUCCUAAAUGAACCAAACUAUGAGUCGCUGAUUAACUUUCAGAUUGGAAUAAUGGAGCAGACCAUUAAUGUUUUAGAAAAGACCCACAAAAAGAACGUGGAAAAUUGCAAAAAAAUUCUUAUGAAACUGGGAAAGUUUAGCAAUCAAAAGGACAUAGCAAAUUAUCAGCUAAGCUGCAAUUUACGAGAAGAGUUAGUGGCUGUUUCAGAGAGAAAAGACAUCUGUAAUGCAAUGGGGGCUACACUGACUUGUGAAAAGAUCGCUAAAGAACGAUAUGAAAACCUGAUUCUACAACAAAAGUUAACACAUAUUUCAAGAGAACAGGCUGCACAAAUUUCUGUACUGGAGGCUGAAGUUGAAAGAUUAAGAAUGAAAACAUUUCCUGCUCUUACGCAAAUGUAAAAUUGCUGGUGGCAAACACCAGUGUCAAUUAAUCAUUUAAAGAAAAUUUCACUUGAUUAAGAUAAUUUU